AUGUCUGAUUCAGACUCUAUACAUUCUACUGAUGUCCCACCACCCGUCCCACCAAAGGAUGAUUUUCGUCCUGCGCUCCCACCAAAGGAUCUUCCAAAAGCUUUCUCAUUCACUGGCCCUUCGAAUUCUAGUGAUUUAAAUGAUGCAACUACUAAAAAUCGCACCAAAAGAUUAUCUUUGUUUCCUGCAUUAGGCUCACUAUUUACACCUAGUGCUGCUAAAGCAAAUACGAAUGAUGUUCCUAGAAUAUCUUCUCACUCUGAAAGUAUGUUUUCAAAAUUUUCAUCUUGGUGGUCAAAUCUCAGUAGACUGAAACCAAGAAAUACUGCAAAUGUUGUUCCAAUAACAAUAUCUUCAUCAUCUUCGGCCACAUCGUUAAUUGCUCCUCAGACGACAGAUGACGGAGAUAAUACUCAAUCUCCAAAAGUUAAGAGAUCUAAGAGCAUAACCAAUUUGUUUCGGAAAAUUAUCUCUGAGUUUUCAGCGACAUCAUCCAGAAAUCAAUCGAAUAAAAGGGCUAGUUUUGUAUCAUUUAUAGAAAAAUUAAAUCGUAAAUUUUCUUUUAGUUCUAAAAAAUCCAAUUCAACUAAAUCAUCUAAUAAUCAAAAGACAUCAUCUCGAAUUAAUCCAUCAAAAACUGAUUGGUCCUCUUCUACUUCUACUUAUCAUAAUGGUGAUAUUAAAAAAUCUAAUGCCAAACAAAAGCAAAAGAUGACAACUGAUAAUCAUGAUCUUACAGCUUCAACUCAGACUUUAUGCCCUGAUGGAUCCUCAAUUUCAACAACUCAUUCAACUGCAGCUGAAACGAUGGAAUCCUAUAAUAAUGAAGAUGUGAAUUUUGAAGAUAUAUCGGUAGAUAUUUUGGAGCCCUUAAGAUAUUCGAUGGCAAAAUCUAAUUCAUCGGACGAUACGAUAAAAGGUGCCUCAAAAACAAGUCGUCAUAAUAGAUUAUUAGACAUUUUCACUCCUAAAAGUACUUCUCAACGUGUUUCAACUUCUUCUCGCGGGAGUCGUGGAAGUAUUGUUCACACAACAAAUGGUGUUCCCAACCGUCAUAUCAGAAUCAAUUCAAACAUUCUAAAAGAUCCAACAAGCCUAGAUGAAACACAACUAGAGAAUUAUGAGAAUCGACUUUCUUCACAAAUAUACUCAAACCCGGAUAUUCCAUAUUAUGUAAUUGAUAACGAAGGGGAUGAUGGUACACCUAGUAGUGAUUUAGCAGCAGAAGAGCAAGCUAGAUCUGAAAUGUCACCAUUGCGUCUGUUUAAGAAGAAAUUUUAUCAAAAUUUCCUAUCAUCCAAUAAUCAAGAGAUAAAAAAUAGGACCGAAUCCAUACCAACAAUAAUCAAUCAUGGAAAUGGUCAGAUUCCUGUUACACCUAGUUCUAGUUUAUAUACAUCACCUGAUAAUGAUACUACCACUAGUAAACAACCAUUUUCUCGUAUGUCAUGGCUUGCAAAAUCUUUUGAUUCCGAAGAUCCAUCUGCUUUUCAUAUCCGUCCUGAUUCUCUUAUUGCUAAUCUUAAAGUGGCCGUUCCCUUAAACAGUGCGAAGGAUGCAUUUUCUAAUCCUCAAUCUAUAGAUAGCAAAGGCCCAGCUAUAUUAAGUAAUUGCCGAAUAGCAUUUAUUCCAGUCAAUUUCUUUGAUGGACUUUAUAACAUUAGAGAACUUUUUCUUGAUCGAAAUUCCCUGAGAGAUUUGUCUGAAGAAAUUUUAAAACUUACUAAAUUAGAAAUUUUAGAUCUAAGCAAUAAUUGUAUUUCACGAUUUAAUCCAAGAUUAAAAUUUAAAAAGAUGAAGAAUUUACGACGUCUAAAUUUGGACAAUAAUAUACUAUCUGAUAUAACGAUCAUAUGUAAAAUUAAGACACUAAGAGAACUAAGAGUAAAUAAUAAUUUCUUAGGAACAUUAACAAUGGACAUUGCAAAAUUAGUCAAGUUGCGAUUAUUAUAUUUAGAUAGUAAUCAACUUGCAACUCUACCUAAUUCAAUCGGUCGAUUAAAGUCUUUAUGCGUGUUACGUCUUAAUAACAAUAAUCUUGAAGAACUACCAUUGUCAGUGUGUUCGUUGCGUCAAUUAAAAGUUCUGGAAUUGAAGUCAAACCUUUUAACACAAUUACCAGAAAAUCUUAAGGAAUUAGAAAGUUUAGCUAAACUUGAUGUUUCCAACAAUCAACUUACUUCAAUCCCGAAUGACAUCGUAAAAUGCAGCAGAUUAACUCAUCUGAAUGCAUCUAAUAAUAAGCUUGAAUCUUUACCACCUAAAUUUGGACAAUUAUACCGAUUGAUUACUCUUAAUCUUCGUCAGAAUCAAAUUAAUAAUCUUCCAGCUGACUUUGGCAAACUCACAAAUUUAACAGAUUUGGAUUUAUCUUAUAAUGAAUUGGUCGUGUUGCCAGAAGGUUUAGGAAGCCUUAAGAAGCUUACCGAAAUUAAACUCAACAACAAUACAUCAUUAUUAGCGAUUCCAGACACAUUCCAGAAAUUAUCACAAAUAAAAAAAGUUUAUUUACAACACUGUAACCUAAGCUCAAUUCCAUUCAUGAUGGGAGAAGCGUAUAAUCAACUUAAAUAUGUUGAUAUAUCUUAUAAUUUAUUUGAUACUAUUCCUGAUUUAAAUGGAAUGAAUAAUGUCACAGUAUUCAACAUUGCAAAUAAUCGAAUAGUUGAUUUAACUGAAACAAUUGAUCAACUGGGAUCUUUAUGCGAGUUGUACGUAAUGAACAACAAGCUUACACAUAUACCAAGAUCAAUUGGACAUUUAAAGAAUUUACAAGUAUUAGAUUUUUCCGAAAACAUGAUUGUUGAAUUACCGUUAUCAAUUGGUGAUUGUCAAAACUUACGAGAACUUAAAUUACAAGGUAAUCCAUUGGAAAGCUUACCGGCGACUUUGAGAUAUUUGACUAGUUUGGAUAUAUUUCAUGUUGGACAAUGGCCAACGACCGAAUUCAAAAUAGUACAUAAUGAAACUUUACAAGAAAAUUUGAAAUUGAGUCCAUAUCAACUUAAUAUUCCACAAGAUGCUGAACGCACAUUAUUAUGGAGAAUGCAUGAUUCAAUAUUAAAAAGAUUAAGAGAAAUUGACUGCAAUGAUGGGACUUCCGAAAGAUCUUUAAAGAGUUUUUCAAAUGAAAGUAAUGCAUCACAAUAUGGUGGAAUUCAUCCAAUGGCACCAGACCUUUCACCUAGUUCUUCAUCGUCAAGAGAUGAUGUAAUAUUGAAAAUGACGGUUUUGAAAGGAGUUUAUGAUCAAAUUAUGAAGGAUAUGCGCAACAAUGAUUACGGUAAAGAAGCAAGUAAUGAUGAUACAACCGAAUCUUCAGAUAGCAUGAGGAAAAAAUUUGCAAAAUUGAAAGAUUUUAAAUUUUUAAAAAUUGGGGAUAACAAGUAA